AUGAUAUUCUUAUGUCUUUCAGACGAUAAUAAUGAAGUGGAAAUUUGUGCCGACUUAUGUGCAGAAGGUGCUAUUAAGAAAGACGAUAAUAAUGAGGUGGAAAUUUUUGCUGAUUUACGUGCAGAAGAAAUGACAACUGUUGGAUUACAUAUCAAAGCAGCACUUAAUACAAUUACAAAUACAUAUACUCCAUGUUCGGCUAAACAUAUCACUCAACUUUAUAAACAAGAUAUCAAGCAUGUUAAUCAUUUGGACAGCCUUCAAGGAUGCAUUUCCGGCACAGGAGGCGAUGGGCUCGCGUUUCCCCACUAUUUGAGGGAGAGCAGCUCAUUAGAUUGCGUAGCGCAGGCGAAUGCGCUUACUUUGGGUUUGAGUUUGUAUUUUUGCGUAUUGUAA